GAUUCCAUGCAAAGGUGUGUUAUAUGUGUCGUUUAUUCCCAAAGUCCUAUCAUCCCGAACAUCGCGUAAACCACAUUAUCAGCAAGAUAACGUCAAUCUCCUGGCCAGGAAGCAUCGCACAGGAUAUCAACAAUUUUUCUGAAGGAACAACAGUCUCCAUGGGUAUAGAACCGCAGCGCUGUCAAAUGUUUUGAGGAUCCGAUCCGUACCGUACCCGUAGAAAAGCGCUGGGCCCAUGCUGCACUUUCGCACACAAACACACGCGAAGUGUGGUGUCGUCCUUGCAGAAUAUUACCCAAAGUGUCAAUUAUCAUCGCAUCCCGGCCAACGAUCUCUUCCCUGUGCCAGAUAGAAACAAGAAACCUCAGCGACCUUUCUCCGAAUGGUGGUGUGUGCGUGUGUUGGACGGUAGACAGUUGGUCGCGUAUGCCCGCGAGGCCCUUGACCGGCUGAUUGCGUUUACGAGAAGUAGCAGCAACCCCAAAACAUCCAUUCGGCCCAGUACAGCUAUUCCCGGUUCCGGCACCACGGCUACUAUGUUCAAGAGCCGCAGCGAGGGCAAUGUUGUUUACAAGUGCACCGUUCGACUGCUGGAAGAUCUCGAUGUCCUGGAGUGUGAAUUUCAGCCACACCAUAAGGGUAGUUUUCUGCUGGACUACGUCUGCGAGCAGCUGGAAAUCACCGAAAAGGAUUAUUUUGGGCUCCGAUUUGUCGACUCCGCAAAGCAGAGGCAUUGGCUCGAUCUGGCGAAAACUAUAAUCAAACAAGUCAAAGAUGUUGAUCCACUCGUGCUUUCGUUUCGUGUCAAAUUUUACCCCGCCGAUCCCCUACGGCUAACCAACAAUGGGAAACUGAUGCUGUACCAGCAGUUAAAACGCGAUCUUCGGCAUGGCCGUUUGUACUGUUCAGCUGGUGAGGCGGCCGCCCUGGGAGCGCUUAUAGUACAAGAUGAGCUUGGGGAUUUCGAUGCGGAAACACACACCGGUGAGUACGUGUCGUCCCUCAAAAUUGCCCUGCGACAAUCGGAUCAGCUCGAAAAGAAGGCGAUGGAGCUGCACCAGAAGCGGGAACCGGGCCAGGAAGCGGUCGCGGUGUACGAUGAGUUUGUCGGUAUCGCGCGCAGUUUGGAAACGUACGGUAUCGAUCCACAUCCGGUGAAGGAUCACCGUGGUACACAGCUUUACCUGGGAAUUAACUUUUCCGGCAUCAGCACGUUCGCGGCGGGACGCAGAACACAGCACUUCCGCUGGCCUGAGGUGCACAAGAUCAAUUUUGAGGGCAAGAUGUUCAUCAUCCAUCUAGCGUACUCGGAGGACCGGAGAGAAGUGAAAAAGCAUACUGUCGGAUUUAAGUGUCCGUCUGGUGCGGCCUGCCGUUAUGUGUGGCGAUGUUCCAUCGAGCAGAUGUUGUUCUUUACUCUUCCAACUAGCCAACACGCCUCCGUUGUUUCCGGAGGUGGAUUUUUCUCUUGGGGUACCAAAUUUCGUUACUCGGGGCGCACCGAACGGGAACUGAUGUCGGAAGCGCUCCAGGCUCUUCGCCAGCAGAAGCUCAACAAUACCAGCCCGAGCAAAAGGAAAGCGCAAAGUGUGCCAGCGACACCCUCGAGCCCUCAGGGAGAUUUGGCGGAAAUCCGAUAUAGUAGCCUUCCACGAUCGACCAUGUCGGAGCCGCUGGGCGGUUGCGGCGAUCAUAUGGCAUCGUCCGUGUACUGCACCGACAAUCCACUGCCAACGCUAGAGACUGUGUCGGAGGAGGCGCGCAAAACGAACGGUGAGAGUAAUGAUCACCUGUCCGAUUACUACUUCCGCGAUUCGUUCGACCAUUCGUCGUCCGAGUCGGGCUUUACGGCGGCCAACAGUGCAAACGCGAUCGGCGAUCACCACCACCAUCGGCACGGGGCAUCCUCAUCCGGUGGCCAUCAUUCGCAUCUGCAUCAUCACCACCGUCAGGCGUACACGACGGACAACAUCCCAGCGCUUGCCAUCCAUAGUGUUACGAACCAUGCGGCCAGCAUCAUCCAGCAGCAGAACGCAAGCAACAGUGCGAAGAAUGCGAAAAAGUUCUCCCUGGUGCAGGCGUUCGUACCGUCGUUUGUAUUCGUCGUGGUGGUACUGAUCGUAUCGGCGAUCUACAUCCUCGAAACCGAUUCCGAGCUGUUUGCCUCGAUGCGCAACUGGCCGGAGAUGAUCUGUUUGCGCUACCAGUACUACCAGCCGCUGAAGGAGUUUCUGGCGAAAAAGUUUGGUGCCAUAUUUUGAUUCAUUCUGACCGGACGCACGGAAGCAUCCUGCACUGGCGACGAUGGACGGACCGUAUGUGGGCAGGGUGACGGAUUUUCCACCUACUAUCCGCCCCGGGAAUACUUUCGCGAGCGGGAUACGAGCGGCGUCGGUAACGAAACACCGAUUACGCUCACGCUCACCCUGCCAACCGCAAGGGCUAUGUGAAGAGUGGUAGCUUCUGUGCUGAACCCCACGGAUUACAAUCGGUUAACAUCGAAAAAAACACUAACCCCCUAUAGCUUAGACACAUUUGCUUGAACAGAAUUAUCGGUUAACAAGUAUUUUUUCCAUCGCGCUAGUAUUUGCAGUAUUUGUAAUAUAAUGUCAAUCAUUUUUGUUGUAUUAGCACCGCUUCGCAUUGCCCUCUGGGAUAACGUUAAAAUAUUCGUUAAAAUUCAGUUAUUUAUUUAUAAGGGACGAUGGCUAAGGCUUGACACUACUAAACAUUUAUUCUUAGAUGCAAAAAGGGUCCUGUUUCUGUAUUUAUUAUCCGCGCUACCGUAUAAGUAUUUGAAGAAAAUGGAAAACAAACCACACUGACACAUGGUUCGUAUUAGACGACAUGUUUGCAUAUUCUAAAACAAUUCGCAACUUCUCAACAACGAACCAACCAACUCCAAAUCCGUCUUAUCUGUAUUUUUUGACGCAGUGUUAAAUUAAUGAGAGAUGAUAUUAAUGCUACCGGUUUGCUUUAGUUGAACUGGAAGAUAAAAGAAAGAUCCCAAUCCAGGUUUUUACGCAACGCAACGGUAUGCUCUGUACCUCCCCGCUACGCUAAAGCAGUAUUGAUUUGAUCGUGCUAAAAGCGACACUUUGUAAUGUAAACUUUGUUAGACUUAUGCUUAAAAACGCUUGGAUUAGUAUCAUAAUGUCGCACUUUUUCUUGAAACGCGCCUUAGCAUUAUAGUAUGUUAGUCGAUUUUGUAACGAAAGCGUUGUGUUCGGGAUCCUGUGCACCCUAUAUCGGUUUUAGUGAUGCAGAAAAAAUAACAAACACUCUACUUCAUCGUACCUCUCUUUUCUGGGACCACCAUCAUAUACGGUCACACAACACCAACCGCGUCAAGGUGUCGCUCUUCUGUGGCAAAUGCAUUCUGUGCAAAAGAUUCAAUUCUCGAAACGAUAGUUUAGCGCUUAGUGAAAACAGACCGGCAUAUUAGCAACCGUCGGGAAGCGACAAACGUGACAAUGAAAGUAAUAUGUGACAGAAUAAUGGUAAAACAAUGGCUUAGCUUUUGCAAGGCUCCCCUGCAAAACGAAGAUGAUAGAUUCAGUAGGAAAUGGGCAGUGAGAGGAAAUAGAAAGUUCCCCCAGGAAGCAAAAUCGCCAAAUACUAAAAGGGAGAUGAUAUGUUGGCUGCAUUAGGAAGAGUCUACAGCAUGGUCGCCAACCUAAAGAAAAACUCUUACAACACACAACCGGAAUGGUGGUGAAUGUUGGAGAACUUUACUUAGAGAUACAAGAGUGUUACCUUCUUCCUCGGAUUACUUGCAGCUAUAAAGUGCUGUUAGGCGUGUAUGAUAUAAAACCUACGACGAGGAUGGCAAAUGACCGAUUACUUAGCUUGAGAUAUGCUUAAACAUGGUUCAAUUCACAUCGGAGAAGCGCACUCUUCGGCAGUCAACGGCUCGAACAUUUGAAGUAAACAAGUAUUAGCUAUUUAGAAAUCGUAGGAUAGCUCAGAACCUGCUUCAUCAUUCCAGAUUAGCGGAACGAUAUUGGAUAAAACCCAAAGGCCAGUGAUAAGAUAAGCGUAGGAAGAUGCGGCAAACGUAUCUCUUGGUCUCGACUUGCCCGCAAAACAAUGGCCAUGGCGAACGUGGUGAACGCAAAAAGAAAACGGGGAACGGAAACUAAGUAUUAAAACGCGCUAGAAAUAUUGUCGAAACCCAUUGUCGUUCCACGACCACUGUCUGCAUGAAAUCAGUCUGCUUUUGCUUACGGUAUGCAGGUGCAUCAUAUACGGCUCUGUAUGCUCGCUUAAGAGAGUUCUAGAUAUACACAUUAAUACGGAAGGAUAAAAGCUUCCAAGCAGCAGCAGAAGGGGACGAAUGAUUUGUGUGUGGCCAACAGCUAAAACAUAGCAGUAUUUGCAGGAAGAAGAUACAUGAUGAGAGCGAUGACUAACAAAUGUAAAACACUGUUUCGUAAUUGGAAUAUGUAAGCAUAAAACAGUGCACAUGGGCAAGGUGAAGAGCUAUCGUGUGGAAAUGUGGAAACUUUAAGCAGAAUGCAUUUUAAAAACACGCACCAACACACCAACACAAUACAAAAAAACGAAACAAAUUGCUUGCCUUAUUUGCUACUGCACCGAGAAAGAUAGAGAACGAGAGAGGGAGGGUUAAAGGUGUCCCUUUGGCGACAGUGAACAUGAAAGCAUGGUUUUAUGGUGCGAUUGAUUGUAGAAGUAAAAGUAAUGCUGCAUUUAAGCAAUUCAUUAACUUUAGCUAGGUAAUUUUGAGUAUUAGCUCGAAACACACGUGCACUACGCUGCCCAACAUAGGGUAGCUUGUGUGUGCGUGUGUGUGAAGGUGGACACCAUACACGAAGGCGCAAUUUAUCAGCGAUACGUCCAUUACUGUUCGAAUCCGUUCCGCAGGAUGUUAGCAAUUUCCUACGGCGCACGGAUAUAGCAGCUCACAUUUUUACGGCUUGAAAAGAGAGAAAUUAUGUACGCUUUAGUUAGUUAACA